AUGUUCCUUGAAAGCUAGUGAUUAAAGUAUUGUAUUGACUGAGUCUGUCUUUCUGGUGACAGCUAGCUCAAGCAGGACGCUGAACUCUGUGCACUCACUAUGAGUAUACAGUGGUAGUACAGUUGUUAGAAGUCAAACGAAAUCAGGCUCCUCUUCUUCAUGCGUUUUAGGAAGCCGAGCUGUCAUCUGUAUCUGGUCAUAGCAGUUGUGUGCUUGCACUGUGUUACGAAUACAAAGAGUACUGUACUUCCUUUUCUUUGUUGAAGAGCUGGCUGAAGAGUCUUUGUUCUGUUAUACAGCGGUAGACGCUAAAGGUGUUUUGCUGCAACUUAUUCUACCUUCUCGAUCUGGUGACUGGACUAGUGUCCUGUUGAAGAACAAUAUUGUUUCUCCGGCCGGACCUGUCAACAGACCAUCGCCCUUUCAGGAUCGUAUUAUAACAGCGAAUAGUAUCUGCAAGCCGUGAAUGCUUCUCUUUUCUGAGUCUUCGUUUGGAUGAUCCUGUUGGAAUGAGUUGGUUUUUCUGAUCUUUGCCGAGCUAGCUACGAUGAAGACACCUUUUAGACGUAUCUGCCUCUUGGAAUGUGUGGGCAUGUUACUGCUCACUCAGCUGCUACUACUAGCCUUCCCUAGCAUGAGUGUGGCUGACAGUAUUGACUUUGUAGGGCAGCCGGGCUGUGAACCUGGAUCCUACUGCGUGAGCCCUGACAACUGUACUGUGUGUAAGCCAUGUCAUGCUGGCAUGUAUCAGAAUGCUACGAACCAGCCCUCCUGUAUGCCUUGUCCUCUUGCCACUUAUCAGAACGGCACGGAGCAGACCGCGUGUAUCCCAUGCCCGCUUGGUAUGUAUCAGAAUGAAAGCGGCCAGGCCCAGUGUAGGCCCUGUGAGGAAGGCACAUUUCAGAAUGACACUGGUCAGGAAUCCUGCAUGGCGUGUGCACCGGGCAUGGUGCAGGGUGAGAAGGGGCAAGAUGUGUGCUUGAUCUGCCCGGAGGGCACAUACCAGAACGCCAGCAAUCACACUGGCUGUGCCAAUUGUUCCGCUGGCAUGUUUCAAAAUGAAACUGGCCAAACGGCAUGUAGAACAUGUCCAACUGGAAUGUUUCAAAACCUAACAGGCAAGGCUUCCUGCUCACUGUGUGAACUGGGCUCAUUUCAGAAUGCAACUAAUCAAACGCACUGUGUACAGUGCCCCGUGGGCACAUUUCAAGAUGAAUCUGGUCAGGUGUCAUGUCGGCGUUGCGUGCCCGGGCAUUUCGCUUUGGAGAAGGGAAGUGCAUUGUGCAAGAAGUGUUUACCGGGCAUGUUUUCCCCCAAGCCAGGCCAGUCAGCAUGCGACGUUUGCCCGAACGCUCAAGUUUGUCCAAAAUCCGGGUGUAGCAACUGUUCAAAGUGCCCGCCUCCCGAUAUUAGCAAUACGGACCACACAGCAUGCGUAAUGUGCCCAGCUGGGAUGUAUCCCGUUCAAGGAAGUCGCUGUGAUGCAUGCUACCCAGGGUCGUACUGCUUUCUAGGCUGCACAAAGUGCAAACUCUGCCCACCUGGCUCGUAUCAGGAUGGGCCUCAGAAAGCAUCCUGUCAACAAUGUCCGGCAGGACAAUUUCAGCCCUUCCAUGGCAAGUCGGAAUGCUUGGACUGCCGUGUUUCCUUUUACUGCCCACACAGUGGUACAGUAGAGCCAGUAGCAUGCCCACCCGACUCCUACUGUCCAGCCAAUAGUGUCGAGCCGCACUACUGCGGAACUUUGAUGGUGCUGAAUUCUGGCAAAACCGGGUGCAGUAUGAGCAGCGUGCUGACAGGAAUUGUUGUGACAGCUGUCAUAUUGGUUGUUGGCAUUAGUACUGUUCUUUUCUAUCGCAUGCGCCGAAAACUUCAUCGACAGGAGCGAGAUGAGCAGUCACUCCUGUACCGGCAGGAGCCGACCUAUGAGGGCUUAUAGUUAUAGUAGAUCUGUGCACUUCUUGCCAUCCGUUGCUGUCGUAUUGUGAACAGUGCACUGCAGCUGGUGGUACGUGGUGCUGGUGGUGGUCUUUUUUCACUGUGGGCCAUCAAGAUGACGAUUGAUCCGGAAUCUCUUUUGCGUGCACUAGUCGUGAGGAACAGGUGACUAUAGUUGUCUGGCCGUGUGAUAUGUUCACGCCAGUAGUUUCUGACAUACUUUGUUUAGUUCCUAGUUAUUUGGCAAAUUUUAAAGGUCCUAGUAUUUAGAUUGUAUGCACCACCAGGCUGUGCUAUAGGGUUCUUCUUUUUUUUCUUUUUACUUAGAUUGAGACGAGUACUUGUUACCCUUUAUGUUUCUGUUAAGUUAUCUGCUCCCUUUCUGUUCUGAUUCUGCUCUUCGGCAGUCCAUAGUUGUCUAGGUGACGACUUUCUCACUUUUCUAUCUCAUUCUUUCGUUUGUCCGUGAACAAAAUCUGUAUCACUUGAUUAGAGCUAGCUGUGGUUUGUAUACAGUACAGUAUACACACUGCUUCACAUCUUGAUGCUAACUUGAAUGCAUCUUGAA